GGUGCCUCGAGAAUUAUGGAUUCUGAAGCUGUAAGCUCCGAUAGUCACGUAGCAGCCGCCAUAGCUACUCGCCGGCGGUCGAAUUCCGUUUCCGACGACUACUCUGUGCAGAGAACCAACGACGAUGCAACUCAAUGCAAGUAUUUUGCAACGCAGAAAGGAUACUGGAAAGACGAGUUUAUCUCUCGUUUCGCCAAUUCUUCAUCAAAUGUUUCCGAAGCCCGUCGUUUUCCUGAAAUCUCAAUGGGAUAUUGGGCAAGAACAGCGGCUAUUGAGAAAUAUGUCCGUGAUUUUUUGAACGAAUUCGAUGGAAAUGCACAAGUCGUUAGUUUGGGAUGCGGAUUCGACACCCUAUUCUGGCGUCUUGUCUCAUCGGGCGCGAAACUCGUCAAAUACGUGGAAGUUGAUUUCUCAUCAGUCACUUCUAAAAAGAUCCGUCAUAUUUUGAAGCCAAUCGGACCGAAUAGUGUUGAUUUGAAGAAAUCUUUUGAAAGUGAUGCUGUAGUCUCACAUCAUGCGGAUCUUCACGCUGGAAACUAUCAUUUAAUUGGUGCAGAUUUGCGGCAGGCUAAUGAGUUGGAUCAAAAGUUGGCAACAUGCCAACUUUCUCAUGAUAUUCCUACAAUUUUUAUCGCAGAAUGCGUUCUGGUUUACAUGUCAGCUGAUUCAAGUACUGCUCUCCUGAAACAAAUUGUAUCUCAAUUCAAACAACCUGCAUUCGUCAACUACGAACAAUUCCGAACUUCUGAUGCAUUCACCAAAGUUAUGGAACAAAAUUUGGGAGAUCGAGGAAUCCAACUUCACGGUCUGGAAAUGUGUGAAAGUGCUGAGAAACAGGAGGAGAGAUUCCGAAAUGCUGGUUUCAAAGAGGUCAAAGUUAUGGAUAUGAACCAAAUUUUCAACAAUUUCCUGGAUCAGAAGGAAGUUUCAAGAAUCCGCGAAAUCGAAAUGCUCGACGAAAUGGAACUCCUUCAGCAACUUUUUGCUCAUUACUGUGUGGUUUCAGCCAGAAUUUGAAUCAAAAAGUUAUUUGUUUUGUAAAUUUGAAUUUCUCCUCCAAUUUCUUUAUGAUUUCAUCGUUAUAUCGUUCCUUUCCUGUGUUUUUUCUUGAAAUUUCCAUAUUUUUGGUAUUAGAUAAUUGAGUAAGAUUCAGUAUUUUGUGCAAAA